UGUCCCUCCCGUUCUUCUGGUGGACCCUCAGAUGUACCAGCUAUCCGAGCUUCGUGCCGAGUGGCUAAAAGCCCCCACGGCUCGGCAACUGGCUGCCCGAACAGGGACGGACACCAGCGGGUCCAGUCCUUGACCGUCUCCUGGAGAUUGCCUGCUCUGUGACCAGCCUUCUCCAGGACUGCAAGCGGCGUUCGGGACCAGUUCCAGGGACAGUCGCCCUUUCAGUUCGGAAGGCUUCUGUCUCCUGGGUUCUGCUGAUAACCGACGGACCUUCGAGCUGCGCGGCAGCAGCAACGCCCUCGGACCAGCAGAAGUUCCACCAGACCCCUCUUCGAUGUCCCCGUUUUAUGCCUGUGUCCUUCAGAGUCCCCCAUGAUUUAAGGUAUAUUGCUAAGGCACUGUUUUCUCCCACCGAAUGCGACCUCUGGGAGAUUCAUUGGAAAAAACUGUUGAAACCACUCCUGCGCAAGUAUGAUCUCGCAGAGGUGGUGGGAGAGGGGGACGAGGCAAUGGAAGCCCUUGCUGGAGAAGGGGAGUUCAGCAGUCCGGAGGACCAAAUUCUACUAGCACAGGAGCUGCUUCAGGACAUAGCAGCAGCGGGAAAGGAGGCACUCCUGAAGAUACCGGAUGCGACAAGGGUACCAGCCAGCGGGAAACUGGCGGCGAAGCGCGAGGAAGGGCCGCGCGACGACACCAAGUGGCCCUUCUCAGCAUCCCAGCCUCCCGACCAUCAGGGAGGACAAGUGGCCGCGCGGCCAAGUCCAGCAGUUCAGCGCAGCCACGAGGACGGACUCCGCCUCUUCCGCCGGACAGGUACCCUAAAUCAGGGCAAUCGUCAGGUCCUCCGCAGCAGCGUCACCAUCUCUCUCCAGGAUGAGGACCUGACGAGAAUUCCUGCUGGGUUCCUGGGCCCCCUUCACGACUGUCGGGACACCACCGUGCUCAUCUUAGAAGACUCCUUCAACACACCAAAUGAAAUCACCAUCUUACCUGAGGGAAAGUCGGUGCAGAUGCGGCUCAUGGCAGACACAGGAGCUGACGUGACCAUCAUCCCCCAGACUUUUGUAGCGCAGAUUUUAUCACCUGUGCACCGGCUUUUCCCUGAGGCCAUCAUCCUGCAUUACAUGGAUGAUGUGCUAGUUUGUGCUUCCGACUCGACAUACCUAAAGGCAACACUGGACAAGACUAUUAAGGCUAUCAAAGCUGCAGGGCUCCAGAUAGCAGAAGAGAAGAUCCAAUUCUCAGCACCAUGGAGGUACCUCGGAUUCCUCAUCACGGGAAGGACAGUGACGCCACAGACCCUGACCAUCAACGAGGAUCCGAAGACUCUGCGAGACCUUCAGCAGCUGUGCGGAACGAUCGCCUGGAUCCGCCCCCUCCUGGGACUGACGACUGAGGAGCUGUCACCUCUCUUCUGUCUGCUUCGAGGCGACGGAGACCUCGCCUCACCACGCGAGCUGACACCUGCCGCGCGGGAAGCCCUGCAACGGGUUGCUGUUGCUCUGAAGUCUCGCCAGGCACACCGCGUGGUCCGGACCCUUCCCGUGAACUUCGCGGUGUUGGACGCUGAGGAUGACUGCCGCCUUGAGGACACCUCUGAAACAUCUGAUGCUCCUGAUCGUCAUCAUCUGGCUGUCACCGGUCAGGCGCUGGAUAUUCCCACAGCCGAGAGAAAACAUAUGGGUCACGCUGGCGAAGUCCGUGAAGCAGGACAACUUCUGUAUGGCCAUGGGAAGUGUGGACAAUCCGUUAUCCACGUGCCUGCGGACGAAGAAGUCACCCGGCACGCCACACUGCAAAAUAGGGCUGCUAUUGACUUCUUACUGCUCGCCCAUGGCCACGGCUGUGAGGACUUGGAAGGAAUGUGCUGCUUCAAUCUGGCAUCAAAGAGCACAUCCAUCCAAGCUAAUAUCCAGCGGAUCCGAGAGCAAGUUGACGACCUCAAGACUGAGACCUCGACUACGUAUGUUGCUUAA